AUGUUCUUCCUUCCAUGGUACCUCCACUUUCUCCCCCCUUUCCUCCAAUUCUGUGUGAAGGUGGAGAAGGUGGAGGGGGAGGAGGGGGGCACGGCGUGGACGAUGAGCAUAGCAGAGAUGCAGCUGCCUAUUGGUUUGGGAGGGGAGGGAGUUGAAACAUGCGUUGGGAACAAGUGGAGAGCUGGGCAACAUCGAGGCUACAGAGGAGGCCAAGUGCAUACUGGUCAUCUCACUCUCUCCCGUUUUCCCUCCUCCCCCUUCCCCUUCCUCCUAUUGAUCUUCUCCCCUUACCCCCGCAAUCUUCCUCGCAGCUACAAGCUGGGCAACAUUGAGGCCACAGAGAAGGCAGAGAGCAUGCUGCAUCAUCUGACUCUCUCCUCUCCUUUUGUCCCCCCUCCUCCUGUCCCCCCUUCUCUUGUCCCCCCUUGCCUCAAUCUUCCUCGCAGCUGCAAGCUGGGCAACAUCGAGGCUACAGAGGAGGCCAAGCGCAUGCUGGAUCAUCUCACUCUCUCCCGUUUUCCCUCCUCCCCCUUCCCCUUCCUCCUUCUGAUCUUCUCCCCUCACCCCCGCAGUCUUCCUGCAGCUACAAGCUGGGCAACAUUGAGGCCACCGAGAAGGCAGAGAGCAUGCUGCAUCAUCUGA